GCGGCCCUUCGCUUUACGACACUUCCCUUUACGGCCGCGGUCAGGCACUCGCAGUCCUCCAUGUCCCGGCGCAAACAUCGAAGACCGGAGAAACGGGCCGGCAAACAGCAGGGGAAGAACCCACUGAAUGCUGGGAAAAAUGUCAAGAAAGAUCCCGGCGUCCCGAACCUCUCCCACUUCAAAGAGCAGGCCAAAAGGGAGGCCGAGCGGAAGAAGAAGAGGGUAGAAGAGAUGAAAGCAAAGCAAAAAGAUGCCCGGCAGAAAGAACUGGCGAAGAGAAGGAGCUUGGACACGUUUCAGAACGAUGCACUGAGGCGGCAGAGGGAGUUUGAGCAGAAGGAGGCAGAUCUGCGGAGCUUGGAGAAACACGAGCAGCUAGAGAAUGAGAACUCCAGGAAAGCCUAUUAUCGGGAAUUCAAAAAGGUGGUGGAAGCAGCUGACGUUAUCCUUGAAGUCCUGGAUGCCCGGGAUCCACUGGGUUGUCGCUGCCCACAGGUGGAGCAGGCUGUGGUGCAGAGCGGUACACACAAAAAGCUGGUCUUAGUUCUUAACAAAAUAGAUCUUGUGUCCAAACCUAUAGUGGAGAAAUGGCUGAAGUACCUGCGGAAUGAGUUUCCUACGGUGGCGUUCAAGGCGUCUACACAGCAGCAGAAUAAGAACCUGCAACAAAGCAGAGUACCGGUCACCCAAGCUUCGGAGGACCUGCUCAGCUCAGGCGCCUGCAUAGGAGCUGAUUGUCUUAUGAAACUUCUUGGAAACUACUGCAGAAAUCAGGACAUCAAGACGUCCAUAACCGUCGGGGUUGUAGGUUUUCCUAAUGUGGGAAAGAGCAGUUUAAUUAACAGCCUGAAGAGGGCGCGAGCGUGCAGUGUUGGAGCAACGCCCGGAGUCACCAAAUGCCUGCAAGAGGUUCACCUGGACAAGCACAUCAAACUUCUGGACUGUCCGGGUAUCGUCAUGGCAACGUCUACAUCCGAUGCCGCCAUGAUUUUGCGGAACUGUGUGAAAAUUGAGCAGUUGAUUGACCCAGUAGGACCGGUGGAGGCCAUCCUGAGACGCUGCAAUAAAGAUCAGAUCCUGCAGCACUACAAGGUGACAGAUUUCAGAGACACCUCCGAGUUCUUGGCCAUGUUGGCAAAAAGGCAAGGGAAGCUGAAGAAGGGCGGGAUGCCGGACCACGAGAAAGCCGCCAAGUCUGUUCUAACGGAUUGGGUCAGUGGUAGAAUCAGCUACUUCACGCACCCUCCUGAGACGCACACGUUACCAACUCACAUCAGUGCGGAGAUCGUCACAGAAAUGGGGAAGGCGUUUGAUUUCGAAGCUUUGGAGAUGGAUAAUAAUGAGUCUUUGUCACAAGUCCAGUCUGCUCCUCAGGGUAUUGCGAUGGAGAGUUCAGAUUUGACAUCCGGGGCCGGGCGGGAGGCAGAGGACACAGAAUGGCGGUAUUCUGCAGAAAAUAUCGAGGCAGCGCCCGUUGCAAUGGAAGAGGACAACGAUGACGAGUUUGGACCUAUGACUGUGGAGAUUAAAGCCGCCAAAAGCAAGACCCAGGAGAAAACGGAGCGAGUCCCCAAAGCCCCCAGCUUGAUGGAAAUCCAGUCGGUGGAUCCACUGCAACAAGGACAGGCGCUACAGGCGGCGAGCAAGAGGAGGAAGAAGCUGCAGAAAAGAGCAAAUAAAAUCGCCAUCAAGUUGUCGGACACAUUAACACAAGCAAUGAAUUUCGGAUUUGGCGAUGACUGAAUCUCCAGGGGUUAAUUGGCCGCCCUGACACCCAGCAGAUUAACACUAUGUGAUCAUGUGAUGAGGACACCAAGACCAUUAAAAUCCGAUUCUCCUGCA